AUGGCCAACGACGUCAUCCUAGACUCCAACUUCAAGAAUCCGCCUAAACGCAGAGCCAUGCGGGAUCCGGCUGAAAUGCUCAGGAGUCGGGAGCUAUACAGAUAUUACCAACCGCCUCGAACCGCUGCACCUUCCAGUAAGGUCAAGACUUCAGAGGACCCCUCCCUCACGGCCUAUGCUCAGCUCACAGCCCUACGCCUCCAGAAACACCGGGCUAUGAUAUCAUUGAUCGAUUAUGAUACCCAAUGGAUUAUUGGUGAAAGCACUCGGACGGUUGAACCCUAUGACAAUUCGGUUUGCACUCCAGGCGACGAAUUAUGGCUUGGAGGUUCAAACGUGAUACUCCCAAGCAAAGGUGGAAUAUGUGUAACAACAGUUGACCUUCAACCUCCAAAGUUAUCACGAACAUCAACCGCCAAGGGCCGAGCUGGUGCCGUUCUACCCCCACAAGACCAUGGAAAAGGUGUACAACAUGACGAUCUUCCUAUCAAUGAAAUUGAAGAUUUAAGCAGCCAUCCAAAGUUUUUGGAUUCUGCUUUUGUUACCGGCUCACCGUCACUACGGCAUUAUGCCGGGUGCCCGUUGCGAACAAAAAAAGGAUAUUAUAUUGGUUCCUUAUGCGUCGUAGACACGAAGCCUGGUCGAUUAUCAGAACCCGACAAGAAAUUUUUGAGAUGGAUGUCGGAUACCGUUAUGGAUCACCUCCAAACGGUGGCUGAGAAGCAAGUAUUGCAUAAAGUACAACGAAUGCAGACUUCACUGUCGGUUUUUGCUGAUACUAGCACAUUUGAUCGGAAACGAACACUAAGGAAAUCUACGGACCUACGGAAACGAAAAAGCAAGAGGACGUCAGAGUCACCUUUUAGUGAAACAACGACUUCAGCUCAAAAGGGGACAGGUGACGGAGGAAGUAAGCCCCUGGCUCCUCAAUUGAAAGAUUCUCCUGGAGAUGGGAAACUUAUCAACCCGGAACGACCUCCUUUAACAGAUAGGAAUUCAUCGAUGUCCUCGAAUUCGUCGAGUGUUUUAUCAAAGGAUUCUGCUUAUUCUCAGACAUCUCUUGAAUCAAACUCAGCAUCGACACCCACCAUUAGAGUUAACCCCUUAGAAACGGAACCGCAAACCCCAGAAGCAGCCUUCCAAAGUGUGUUUUCGCGAGCCUGCCGAUUGAUCCGAGACGCACUCCAAAUUGAGGGCGUCGUAAUAAUCGACGCUGGCGACGGGUAUCUAGACGACUCCGAAGAAAGCCAAUCCUUACGGUCUCUGAGUAAAGUUGCCCAAGAAAACAUGCUGUCAGAAGGUGCUACGCGAAAUGGGUGCUCGUCUUACUUUCGCCAAAUGGGAAUACUUGGUCUCGAUGUUCAACAUGAAGAGAGCCAUGAAAAUGAAAUCUUUCAAAUUGGACCCCUAGGCAACCUAUUUUUGGACGAAUUGUUUGCCCACUAUCCGGAAGGGAAAAUAUUCAGCUACGAUGGAGACGGAACGAUUAGUUCGGGGGACGACGAGUGUAGCAGCCAGGCAACUCUCUCACCGCCCGGGAGCGAUGCAAAUAGCUCGGUAGAUGAAGAAAACUCGAACCUCAAGAAGCGACCGGAAUACGUACGGGAAAACCUCUCGGCCUUCCUACCCAACAGCACGAGUUGUAUAUUUGUACCUCUAUAUGAAUCCGCUAAUACACCUUAUGCAUCCUGUUUUGUCUGGACUACGCAAACUAAAAAGGUCUUUUUGAAGGAGGAAAUCGCAUACUUGAAGACAUUUUCACGGCUGAUCAUGUCGGAAGUCGUACGGCUCGACACGGUCUCAGCCGAUCGCGCGAAGGGAGCGUUUAUAUCUAACAUCUCGCACGAACUUCGGUCACCCCUGCAUGGAAUUUUGGCUUCUGCAGAGCUGCUCGACGAUACUAGGCUAGAUACCCUCCAGAGAGAUUUCUUAACUGCAAUUGAAAGCUGCGGGAGAACUCUUUUGGAUACGCUAAACCAUGUUCUCGAUUUCUCCAAACUUAAUAGGCUUCAGAACGACCGUAGGAUCACGCAGGCAAGCCCUCUAUCCGCUCCUGACAAGGUUGAUACGCAGGUUGUUCAGGAUGUCGAUCUUGCAGCCGUAACCGAAGAGGUGGUAGAGGGGGUAUUCGCAGGAUUCGACUUCAGAGGAAUAAACAGUCAUAUUGUUCUCGAGAAUAGCAGUACGACGGAUAUAAUCCCGCUCCAACCCGAUGCGAUAGGUAGUCCCAAUGGCGAGUCAUCAAGGCGAGCUUCUGCAAAGGGAACUAACCCGAAGAGAGAUGUCGAAGUCAUCAUCGAGAUCGACCCCCUAGACGACUGGCACUUUCGUACCGAGGUUGGUGGGUUUAGAAGGGUGGUUAUGAAUCUUGUGGGAAAUGCUCUCAAAUACACCGACAGAGGAUAUGUUCGAGUCAAAUUAGAAGCUGAACCGUUCUACGAGGACGAAGCUGGCAAAUCCACUCAAGAGCCCAAGACGAAAGUCGUGCUAACGGUUUCAGAUUCCGGUCGUGGGAUAUCAAGGGAUUUCCUCAAAACGAAACUGUAUGUCCCUUUUAGCCAGGAGAAUGCGAUGAGUUCUGGCACUGGACUCGGUAUGAGUAUCGUUCGCCAGAUCCUAGAUAUUCUUGGCGGAACAAUCGAUGUUAAAUCAAAACUAGGGUUUGGGACUGAGGUGGUUGUUACCCUCUUACUUCAUCGAUCCACUUUCACGAAUCCUACGCCGAGCCCAGGGAAUCGAGAAGAAGGGCUUGAAUUAAUACCGAGAGCUAGAGCCGCCGCGUCGAAAAAGAGCAUUGCUUUCCUAGGUUUCUCAGAUGCAAUACCUGCCCUGAGCUACAUGAAGCGUUCCCUGAUUAAGUGUUCACAGGAUUGGUAUGGGAUGAACGUAAUUGAAGAGGAUAAUGCGCAAUCGUUGAUGGAGUUCGCAGGCAAGGCAGAUGUCCUACUUGCAAACGAAAUAUCACCACUCCUGUCACAGUUGGGUGUAAAGGGACAUAAACCGCCUGUGAUCAUCCUAUGUUCUAACGCUGCCCGAGUUGAUAUGGCAAACUUGACAUUAGCGGAUAAGGGUGGCAUUAUCGACUUCGCAUCCAAACCUUGCGGGCCAAAGAAACUCGCAAAAGCCCUCCUCUUCUGCCUUACAAAAACACACAGCUCUAGGAGGUCAUCCCAUUCAUCGAAUUCUUCCGGUCGAACAGGAAUAUACCGUAGCUGGGGCUCUUUCUCACGACCGAUGGGAGAUCGUGAGAAAAAUUUCAUAUCCUCAAUCGAAGACGAUGGCCACGCCUCAACCUCCGCCACUGGAGCUGUGAGAAUAUCACCACCGGUCCGAUCUGGGAGCUCAUCAAGUGAGCCCGUGGUUUACGUAGCCGGCGUUGGGCAUAUAGCACUAGCUGCAGGGUCAAGCGCUGUCCCAAUGUCAUCCUCUCCAGGGAGGCAGAAAUCGAUUCCCUUCCUCGAGGAUUUCCAUACCCUUCGAUUAAAGGCUCAAGCCCAGACUCAAGCCUCGAUGCAGAGCAUAUCUGGUAUUAUGCACCGUGAUAGUAAGAACUUAACACCGAUGGGCCACCCGAUUUAUUCUCACCACCCAGGUAUCGUAGAUGGGGCUUUAAUAGGAGAGGGCAUCGAAAUCGAUAGACCACCAUUUGCAUCACCAGUUAUUGAAAAAGAUAACCCAUUGAGGCCAAAAUCUUGGGCGCAAUGGCAGAGCCUGGACGCCUCUGCAGACGAUAACGCGUCACCGAAUGCAUCCCCGCCGGCCAAAAUAACAUCAGUCAGACCUGAUGAUAUAGUUGAAGAGCUACGGCUACUAUCCGGGACACCUUCUAUCCUCCUAGUAGACGAUAACCCUCUUACUAUGAAUUUGAUGACUGCAUUCAUUGCUAAGAAAGGAUUCUUAUUCAGCGAGGCUUCGAAUGGUCUCCAAGCAUUGGAAACCUUUAGAGGACGCGGUGGUGGAUACGACAUCGUUCUCAUGGAUCUCCAAUUGCCUGUUAUGUCCGGCCUAGAGGCAGUAAAGGCGAUUCGGGACCUUGAGAGGACGGAAAAUCGACUGAAACGAGCAUUUAUAAUUGCACUGACCGGCUCCAGCAAUGAAGCAGAAGCCCUGGCCGCCGGUUGCAACAAAUUUUUCACAAAACCGAUCAGAUUAUUAGACUUAUCGAAUCUUAUUACGGAGUACCAACAUACGCAUCUCUCACAUUUAUUACAGGAUUAG